GACCUGACAAGAUGGCGGCGCGCGAAUGAAACAUGCGGAGCUGAGAAGUUUUUCUUCCGAUUCUGAGUAACUUACGCUGUUUUCUGGACACUUAUAUACGUUCAAAGCCAUGGACCUGCUGCCGCGCAGCCACACGGAGUUCAGCUCUGCAGAGUACUGGGACAGGUUCUUCAAGAAGAGGGGAGAGAAGGCUUUCGAGUGGUAUGGAGAGUACCCUGAGCUGUGUGGAGUCCUGCACAAGUACAUGAAGCCUCAGGAGGCUGUGCUGGUUGUCGGAUGUGGGAACUCUCGGCUCAGUGAGGAUCUGUACGACGUGGGUUACCACGGUCUGACUAAUGUGGACAUCAGCGAGGUGGUGGUGAGACAGAUGGCAGAGAGGAACGCAGAGAAAAGGGCAGAGAUGAAGUUUCUGCAGAUGGAUGUCAUGAAGAUGGACUUUUCCGACUCCAGUUUCAGUGCAGUGCUUGACAAGGGCACCCUGGAUGCCCUAAUGCCAGACGACCAAUCAGAGACCCAGGAGCGGGUCACACGGAUGUUUGAUGAGGUCGGCAGGGUGUUAAAGGUCGGAGGUCGCUAUGUCAUCAUCACCCUGUCCCAGGAACACAUCCUGAAGAAGCUCAUGCAGUACUUCUCUCAGGAAGGCUGGAUCACCCGAGUCCACAAGGUGUCUGACAGUGACAGGGAGACGUCACAGAAGGAGAUGCCUCUGCCUGUCUUCAUCUUCGUCUUCACCAAGUUUAAGAAGAUGCCACAGAUGAACAAGAUCCUGGAGGUAUGUCUAGAUGGGACAGACACCAUGCAGAGGUUAUCUUGUGAGGAGGAUGUGAUGAAAGCUGUGAAAGAGAGACAGCACUACGCCAUGCUCAGACAACAGCUACAGAACAGAGGCCUGGAGGGAGAAACUGUGUCCCUGGAGCUGUUCUCCAGCAGCAGCAGCUCUUCUGUACCCAAAUAUGUCCUCCACAUCACAGACACAAACACAGUCAGGGCUACAGACAGGCAGUUUGCUGUCUUUAUUGUACCUCAGGGAAGAGAAGUGGAGUGGCUCUUUGCGACAGACGAUGGUAGGAGACAGCUGGCAGAGACUGCGGGGUUCAGGAGACUGGUGGUGGUCUCCCUGCAGAGGGAACAUCCUUAUGAGACCAUGGCGGACAUACAGAAGGAACUGUCAGCCAAAGUCAUGGAGCUGGCACCUCCGGGCUUCAAUAGGAAAAUACAGGUCCCAUUCCUGUCUGUAGGUGAGAACAUCGGUACCCGUACCGUGUGUUACGAGGGUACCAGUGACUUCAGCGGUCCGUACGUAGUGGAGGAUGUGGAGGGGGAGGAAGGAGUAAUCUUCAGGAACCUCAUCUUCAUGUCCAACAGGAACGCUGUCCAGUCUCAGGCCAGGAUGGUGCAAGAAACCCUUCCCAAGAAGAGGGGUCGGCGGCGAGCAGGGAAGAAGCUUGUGGUGGAUUGUGGGUACCUGGCCUGUCAGCAUCACAGGGUCAUGGUGGCAGGGCUGGGCUGUCUGCCUAAUGUCAGGCAGUUACUGGACACCAGACUGGAUGUUGUGUUGGUGGGUCUGGGUGGAGGGGGUCUUCCUCUCUUCUUACACAAACACUUCUCCAAGAUCCAGAUGGACGUAGUGGAGCUGGACCAGUCCAUUCUGCAGGUUGCAGAGGGGUGGUUUGGGUUCCAGCAGGAUGACAGAAUGAGAGUACACAUUGCUGACGGACUGGCCUACUUGGAGGAGAGGGCUAAACAGGGCAGCAGAAGUUGCCAUGUUGUGAUCCUGGAUGUGGACAGUAAGGACGUCACCCUGGGGAUGAGCUUUCCUCCACAGCCGUUCGUCCAAAAGGAAUGUUUGACAAAUGUCAGAGACGUGCUACAUGAUGAUGGUUUGUUCAUCCUGAACCUGUCCUGUCGGAACACCACCCUGCGAGCCUCUGCCAUAGAAACCGUCCGCUCCGUAUUUCCCAGGAUCCUCAGCAAGAAGAUCGAAGACGAAGUCAACGAGAUUCUCUUCUGCUUUCCUCGCGAGAAGGACGUUCAUGAGAGCGGGGACGCGGGACGAGCGGCGGAGUUUUCUUUAGAGGAGUUGGUGCACCUUAAGAAGGCGGUGGGGGUUGUGGAGAAGGUGGCGAAGGGUUGUGCACAGAAAUGGGACCAGACUCUGGAGCUUACAGAACUGUUGGAGGGGCUGAAGCUAGCGUGACACAUUGCCACAAAGCACUCUGUUACAAAGAAAUAUGUAGAAAACAAUGUUCACUAAUAUUUCAAAGUUUGUAGUCCCUUGCAAAGUUUAAAAGCAAAAUGCCUUCAUGAGUAGGCAUUACCCAUAACGAUGAUUUGAUAAAGAAAUUGAAUGAAAUUAAAUUACAUUCAAGUCCUUUUAAUGUUUUCAUUCUGGCCAGUGUACCCUGGGUAACAAUGUUGUAUUGUUUAAGUAUUGGAUACCAAUAGAGAAGUUAAAGUGAGGAUGCGGGAUGAGCGGUGGAGUUUUCCUUGGAGGAGUUUGGGCACUUUAAGAAGGCGGUGGGGGUUGUGGAGAAGGUGGCGAAAUGGGACCAGACUCUGGAGCUAACAGAACUGUUGGAGGGGCUGAAGCUUGCAUGACAUGAUAUAGUUACAAGAAAUUUAAGUCAAUCAAAGGGAAAAGAAGACCAUAGAAGCUAAAUUUAUCCAGAUUGAGUUUAUUUUGUGAUGUGAAACUGCAACAGUGCCCAACAAUUGUAAUGAGUUCUCUCCUCAAAAUCCAGAAGUUGCAGUAUUUGCACAUACAAGCAUAAAAGAUGAAUUUAUUUCUUAAUUAACUUAUAGUCACUGGAACAAAAAAGUUACUGAGUUUGUAUCAUUUAAACUAAUCUGUGUUUG